CAAAAGUCAGACGAUAAACGCGAAUAGGACAUCACCAAAUUUUGCAUUUUCGCUGGACUUUUUGUUUAUUUUAUUAAAAAUAUAAUAAAAAUGGCUGAUCAAAUUCAACCUGAUGGCGGUCCCCCGGCGCCAUUGAUGUCCAUUCGUUUCGAGCCGCAGCAAACGGCCGAAAAUGCGGCUGCUAAUGGCAGUGGAGCCGGCGACGUUGAAGGCGCCCAAGUGGCUGUUGAAACUAAGAAAGCGGCUGAGCUAGUGUUACCAAAAGCGCUAGAAGAUGUGUUGGCACUCAAAGAUCAGCGUGUGGCUGAAUUUGAUGUGGACGUUGAUGCAAGAGGGGGCCUUGCUGCAGACGGGGGCUCGCAAGACGGCGACUUCGCCGAUGUAGGCGAUGAUAGCGAUGACGAGGCCGAUAACCAAAUAAAUGGUAAUACCAACGAUAAAUCUAGCAAGCAAAGUAAGGCGGACAAAAAUAAAAAGAAGAAACGUCGCAAGAAGCAAAAUAAAAAGUUACGACAAAAAUUGGAAUUGGAGCGACAACAGCAACUGGCACGACGCUCUGAGCCAAGAGAGGAACCCGAGGAAGAAGCCAAAGCAGCUGGCAGUGACGAUGAAGAGCAGCCAGCGAAGGAAAAGGAGUCUAAGAGAGAGACACGCAGCAGCAAAAAGAAGAAGGACCGCGAAGAGAAAGAAAAAGUUAAAGAGCGAAAUAAGUCGGAAAGCAACGAGGAAGAUGUAACCAUUGAGUAUGUGCCGGAGAAAAUUACCAUAGCAGAUCUGGCGCCCAUGUACCGUCAAUUCUAUCGUGUAUUUGAGAUCUUUAAGCUGGAGAAUAAGCCAAAGCCCGUGGAAAAGGAUAAGGCAGCUCUGGAUGCCGAAGCACUAGCAAAAGCUAAGAAAUCCUCGAACAAAAUGCACGACGACGAUGACGAUGAUGCCGACGAUGACGAUGACAAUAAGGAAGACAAAGAGAAGUUAUCCAAGCGCAAGUUAAAGAAGCUUACACGCCUCAGUGUAGCGGAGUUAAAGCAAUUGGUUUCCCGACCAGAUGUUGUGGAAAUGCACGAUGUGACAGCAAGAGAUCCCAAAUUGCUCGUCCAGCUGAAAGCGUAUCGCAAUACGGUGCAGGUGCCACGCCAUUGGUGCUUCAAGCGUAAAUAUCUGCAGGGCAAACGUGGUAUUGAGAAGCCGCCAUUUGAUCUGCCCGCCUUCAUCAAGAAAACUGGCAUCAUGGAGAUGCGUGAAUCACUGCAAGAGCGCGAGGAUGCAAAAACUCUGAAAGCGAAAAUGAGGGAACGUGUUCGCCCUAAAAUGGGCAAAAUCGACAUAGACUAUCAGAAACUGCACGAUGCCUUCUUCAAAUGGCAAACCAAGCCUCGCAUGACCAUUCACGGAGAUCUGUAUUAUGAGGGCAAGGAGUUCGAGACACGUCUCAAAGAGAAGAAACCCGGAGAUUUGUCUGAAGAGUUGCGUAUUGCAUUGGGUAUGCCCGUUGGACCAAAUUCGCACAAAAUACCGCCUCCAUGGUUGAUUGCUCAACAACGUUACGGACCACCGCCCUCGUAUCCGAAUCUAAAAAUACCCGGCCUUAACGCGCCCAUACCAGAGGGCACUUCGUUUGGCUAUCAUGCCGGUGGCUGGGGUAAGCCGCCAGUCGAUGAAAAUGGCAAGCCGCUCUAUGGCGAUGUAUUCGGCAUGAAUACUCUGGACUUGGAUAAUGGUAUUGAUGAGGCAGACAUUGAGCGCAAUCAAUGGGGUGAGCUGGAGUCGGAGUCGGAGGAAUCUUCCGAAGAGGAAGAGGAGGACGGUGAGGAUCUGGGCAACCAGCAGGAUGAAACUGGCCUGGUUACACCUGUCGAGGGUCUGGUCACGCCGUCUGGUCUAACCAGUGUUCCCGCGGGCAUGGAAACACCCGAAAAUAUUGAGCUGCGCAAAAAGAAAAUCGAAGCCGAAAUGGAGGACAAUGAAACACCUGUACUCUACCAAGUGCUGCCAGAGAAGCGCACCGAUCGCAUUGGCGCCUCCAUGAUGGGCUCCACACAUGUGUAUGAUAUUGGUGGCGCCGGCGCCGGUGCAAAUAAACAGCCACCCGUACGCUCCACAACGGAUCGUGAAGGCAUUGUGGAACUUGCUUUGGAUCCGAGUGAAUUGGACCUGGACAACGAUGCGAUGGCUCAGCGCUAUGAGCAACAAAUGCGCGAACAACAGAAUCAUCUGCAAAAGGAGGAUCUGUCAGACAUGUUGGCCGAGCAUGUGGCUCGACAGAAAUCCAAACGCAAGCGACAACAAACUGACCCGGCUAAGACCACCAAGAAGUACAAGGAAUUCAAGUUUUAGUGCAUCAAUUUCUUUGCUAAGAUUCAAGAUUGUCAUUGAAAAGAAAAUAAUAGUAAACAUUUUAAAAC